AUGGCAGCAAUUAUGCUACAAAAUACGGAUGGGAUAGGAAAUGAGCAUCUACAUUUACCGCCCGACCUCAACUGUACUAUUUGUCGUCGCUAUAUAAUCGAGGAGGAAGAUCAAGUAAUUGCUUUUGAACCGAUGAAGAUUUUGAAAAUUAUUUCCGACACUUCUUUGUUCCUCAGGGCCUGGCCACAAGCGGGAGAUAAUUGUUAUGCUGCACGAGAGCCGCAAGUGACUUUCACCUCAGCCCUGAGCGACGCAAUGCAAGCCUGCGAUCCAGCGCUGAAGGAGUUUUCUACAUUUUUGCACCAAGUCUCUAAACUCCCACAAGAACUCAUAUGCAUGGUCGAAUCAUUCUGUCCAGAGAGCGAAUUAUGGAGGUCAUGGUCCGCUCUUGCAUGGCCGAAAACGUUCCACAAAAAGAAGAUAUCACACCGUUUUCUUUGGGAAAUGGGAAAUUGGCAAAGGGGAGACCAAUCGUUCAGCCCAAGGGCUACCGCAAAGUUUAUUUACCUUUCCAUGGAUAAUCAGGGUCUAGUGCAAGUCAAAUUCUUGGAGCAACAAUCAGUUCAUCAAGAUAGCAAUCAUGGUUGGUGGUACGCUUGCCUGGAGACUUCUCGAGUCAAGUCCAUUAAAGCCAAGCUUAAAGGAGGACGCAUAUACCUAGAUCGGCGUCCUAAAAAUCUUACUCUCUGGGACACACCUAAUAUACCUGAUCCAGUAUCCUACUAUUCUGCUGGUUCAUCUGAAGUAUCCUGCCGCAUUCGAACAAUUCCUUUAGAUAAGCUUACAGGCUUGACAUUCUUCAUGUAUCAUGGAUCAGCCUUCGCUAUACAUCCUCAUUACGAAAAUCACAGGAACAACAUCUACCAUACUGGUCCCUAUCCACCCACACUUAAGGUUUCAAAAAACUACAAAUUCGAACCCAUCGGCAUCAAUCCUUCCAUUCUUGUGUUCAAUGAUCCUCUUCCUGACAAUUCAAUCGACCGUUUCGGCUCCUACACAUCUCAACAAGGCAAAUCGGUAUAUAUUCGUCCUUUUUACGAAAUUAAAACAAGCCGAUAUCUUUCGAUAUCAUCUCUCGAGAAUGUACGAGCUCUUGCAACCUUUUGCGACGACAAUGACUUUUGCAAAGGUGUUAUGAUAUACUAUCACAAUGGAGAUGAGCGAAUUAUUGGUCAGUACCGCAAUGACUUGAUCCGGGAAGAUUUCGAUAUUUCCUUACUCGGCUUCCACUGGAAAAGCAUCAAGGUCGCAGUACUUGUCACGGAGGUUCGAAUCAGAUUUUCACAGAAUGAGGACGAGAUGAAUAAGUUACAGAAACAGGGCUAUGAGACUGCUUUGGGUGGGAAAAUAAUGUGGUUAUUCAAUUAUGAAUUUAAUGAGGUAAUUAGCAUCCCUGCGUGA